AUGCCGUCAUCGGAGCGGCUACGUCGUGAACAACCAAAAAGUCGCGAACAAGAGCGAAGAAACAAUCAAGCGGACGAACAGGCAACGGGUAUUCGGCUCCAAAAUCAACACCAAAGCACAGGGGCAUCUAUGGAUGAUGAACAAAAAAUGAAGAAAGGACAAACGCCAACGAAGAAUGUGCAAGUGUGCGUGAGGAUCAGACCUGUGAUGGAUCGAGAAGCAAAAGAGGCGAUAAAAUGUGCGAAGAAUGACCGAACGAUCACGGUUAAGGGGAAGAUUUAUGGGCCAUUUGAUCAGGUAUUUCCCGAGACGACUCAACAACCCGAGGUGUACGAUAAGGUGGCGAAAAAGCACGUCGAGCUCGUCCUCGCUGGCUACAACUGCACCAUAUUUGCCUAUGGCCAAACUGGCACUGGCAAGACGUACUGUAUGGAGGGUGGAGCUGAUAAAGCGUACUCGGGAAAUUGGAAAACCGAUCCAAAUCUUGGAAUCAUUCCACGAGCAAUGGAGCACAUCUUUGAUACACUGGAGGCUGAGGGAGUCGAAGAAUACUGUGUGAGAGUCUCGUAUCUUGAGAUCUACAAUGAGGAACUCUUUGAUCUGUUGGCCGCAAAUCAUGAGGAGGGAGAAAGAUUGAGAUUGUUUGAAGAUCCGAUCAAGAAGGGAUCCGUAAUCAUUUCGGGAGCCGAAGAAGUGCCCGUUCAGACGAGAGAAGAAGUCUUCAAAGUGCUUCAACGCGGUGCGGAGAGAAAAAGAAUGGCGUCAACACUGAUCAACAAUCGGUCAAGUCGCUCACACUGUGUCUUCGUUGUCAAUAUUGCCACUCGUGAAACAACACUCGAGGGUGAAGAGCUCGUUCGUCAAGGUAAAUUGAAUCUCGUCGAUUUGGCCGGCUCGGAGUCGAUCGGUCGAAGUGGAGCUUCCGGAGCUAGGGCAAAAGAAGCAGGAAACAUCAAUCAGUCAUUGCUCACAUUGGGAAGGUGCAUCACCGCAUUGACGACAAAUGCUGGACAUGUUCCGUACAGAGAAUCCAAACUGACUCGCCUUUUGCAAGACUCGCUCGGUGGUUCAACGGUGACAACAAUCAUCUCCACAAUUUCCCCAUCAAGCUCUUCGUUUGAGGAGACAAUUUCUACCCUCGAGUACUCCUGUCGGGCCAAAAACAUUCGCAAUCAUCCGGAGAUCAAUGAGAAGCUCUCCAGAAAGGAUAUGCUCAAGGAAAUGUCGAAAGCUAUCGAGAAACUCCAACGCGAUCUCCGGUCGGCACGGGAGAAAAACGGGAUUUACGUUUCGGAGGAAUCAUAUCAGGGAAUGGAGGAGAAGAUUCGCGAACAACAGCAAACUAUUGAGGAGCUAGCUGGAACCCUCGAGGCGACAAUGCAAAAGUGUAACUUGAUGUUCGAAGACAUGGAAAUGAUGGACGCACAAUAUCGUUCAUUAUACGAACGUCGGAUGAUCGUGGAGGAUCGGUUGAAGCAGAGGGUCGAUGAAGUACAAUGCACAAAGAAGGAACUCCUCGACUCACAGACUCUGGCUGCUGCUUUGCAGAGCAGUUUGGAUGUGAUGCACGAGGUGGCGUUGAAGCUUCGGUCACAGGCAACAGAGUUACAACACACCGCAGUUGAUUCAACGAUGGAUUUGGAAGCCCUAUGGGAAAAACUGGAUCAAGUGGUUGCUUUGUGCAACAAGAACUACGAUGUAUCCAAGACCUUGAUGACAACUCUGGCAGGAAAAUCCACAAAGGUACAACAAGAAAACGAACUUCAGAAGUCGGAAACCGACUCAACAUUGCAAAAUAUUUCGAAAGCACUUGUGGAUCACCAAAACAAAAUCGAUAUCGCGGAGACUGAUUUCGUGAGGAAUAUGAAAAAUGUGGCUGAGCAAAUCAAUUCCGAUAUUGGACAAAUCACGGACAUGCUCGAAGGAUCGACGGGGAAAAGUACUGAGAUUUGUGAAGUGAGGAGGAAAGCUUUAGAUGAGUACAAGAAAGAUCUCGAGACGAGCGUUUCCAAUUUGCGUCAAGAGCUGAACGAGUUCGGGGUGCAAACGAAGCAAAACUACGAGAAAUUGUCGGACGAACAAGGGAAAUUGCAAAGAAAAGUCGAGCAAAUGAUCGCCGAUGAGAAGACGCAUUUGGAGACGGUGGACAUGGAAAAUCAGCAAAACAAGGAGACACAAUGUUUGAUGAUCAAUACGAUCAAAGAGCAAAUGGACCGAUUUGCCCACGAUUUGACAGCCUCACUCCAGAAUCAAUAUGAGAGCAACAAGGAAAGUAAAAAUAGCAGGAUAUUAUUCGCUGAUUCAUUAAUGGCCGAAGUUUCUACCAAUUGCAACUUUAUUCGUGAGGAAACAAAACAAAGCCAAGCCGUUCUUUCUGACUAUGAAACGAAGCAAAAUGAGCAAUUCGCUUUGAUCGAAAACUCGGGCAGAAAUGAGGUUGACAUUGCGACGAAGAGCAUCAAUGAGAUAAAAGAUUUGGUCGAGAACACGAAGAGCUCGAUUUUGGAAACGAAUGCGGACCUUGAACAACAGCGAGAAUGCGUUGACAAGGAAACGAAUCGCGUGAUCACCUCGGUACAAGAGAUUGUGAAAGAAACGGCGGCUUCGAUGGAGGCCUUGUGUCAAAAGCAGAGCGAGCAAAACGUUGGUUUCCACAAAUUUAUUUCGGAUGAAUGCAUGGAUGCUGAUACAUUGACAAGUGACCACAUCGCGAAGAAUUUGCAGCAAAUCACACGACAAGGCAAUACCCCAAUGAAGCGCAAGUACGAGAUCUUGGAGGAAUGUGAGCAUGUUCCUCGCAAAGAGAAACUCUUGAAAGAACAUGGAUAUGGAUUAGCGACAAGGAAAUCCCUUUACAUGGUUCGAGACUCGAUCUUGACUGCAAACGUCGCAAUCCACUCACCCUCGUCUAUCACUUUAUCGCGGCGAGUUCAAAAGGAAAGUGAGAACGACGAAAACGACCGAGAGGUGCUCAAAACGAUCAACGAA